AUGGAUUCUGCCGUCCUCCAGUUCAGGGUAGACUACGAGCAAGUCAAGCACCUUAGCGUCGACGAUGUCGUCUCCUCUGAGGUCGUCUCCGUCGGCCAACACCUGUGGAGGAUCGACUGUUACCCGCGGGGACCAGAAAAGUACUCCAACGAGGACACUGGAAAUUACGUUUCUCUGUACCUUAGGCACAUGAGCAGCUCCAGAAGCGUAAAUGCAAUCUUCGACGCGUUCUUGAUGGACGGAAACGACGACCCGUCAGAAGAACGAAAGACGACUGGACUUCACAAGUUCAAAAUCAAGGGCGACCCUUCAAAGCAUGACGACUGGGGAUAUCAUCGGUUCGUGGCCAGAACGGUCCUCGAGGAAAACUAUGUUGUUGACGGGCACAUCACGUUUGUAUGCACCAUCAUCGUCAUGCGUGAUACCCCUGUCACCGUGCCGCCUUCCGACAUCGGAAACCAACUCGGCUGCUUGCUGGAUCAGCCACAUGGGACGGACGUGUCGUUUACCGUUGACGGCGAGACAUUCCCGGCGAACCGAGCCAUUCUUGCAGCCCGCUCGCCCGUCUUCAAGGCAGAGCUUUUUGGGUCCAUGGCCGAAGCUACAAUGUCAUCCAUCACACUGCACGAUAUCACGCCUUCAACAUUCAAACGUAUGCUUCGGUUCAUAUACACGGAUGAGUUUCCCACUAGUACGCAGGAUAACCCCUCCAAUGAGAUAUUGUUUGAUUUACUUGCCGCUGCAGAUCGGUACGCGCUAGACCGGCUAAAACUUAUGUGUGUCCAAAAGUUAUGGGAUAAUGUGUCGAUGGAUACAGUUACAGAUAUUCAAAUUUGCGCUGAGAUGUACAAUUGCCCUGAGUUGAAGGACAAGUGCAUUGACUUUAUUGUUAAAAAGAAAGGAUCCAAGAAGCAGCUGGAGGAGUCUUCAUCGGUCUAGCUAGGGCACAAACUUCAUGGAUUAUUAUA